AUGAAUGCAUCCGGUGCGUCGAAUUCGAAAAAGAGCUGUCCGCCAGAGACCUGUGAUGGUGGAGACGUCUUCGAGGUACACGUUAAAAACGAUGACGUUGUGCCAUUCAAUCCUGAUACAUUAGUAGUUCCUGAUGACAUCGACACGGUCGACUACGGUCCAGCAACGAUGGAGAAUUUCAACUAUCCUGUUUCGAGGAUCGGUUGUGAAGACAAGAUUAUGCAAACUCGUCGCCAGUUAGAAGAGGUGAUGGACAUGAUGCGUUCCAAUAUUGAAAAAUUAUCCGAGCGCAGUGAGCGACUCGAAGACCUCGCUUGUCGUGCUGGUUAG